UGAAGAGAAAAUGAGGAUUUUGGUUCUCGCGGGCUGAACAUGGACCUCACAGCAUGGAUCAGCCCCAUUGGCUCAAUCCAACAUCCAAUUACUUCGAAGCCCGCAGCACGGAGCCACGGUGCGGCAUGGUGACCAUGGUGCCAUGUCUUCAGCUCAUGCUGUUGGGAAUGCUUUCAACUUGCGCUGCUCUGAAGACGUUGGCUCCGCCACCGGCGGUGCUAGCCUUGCAGCGUUUCCCGCAGCGCCACGGCAUCCGCAGCGCAGCGGGCAGCAUGCGCAGCAUGGAGCGCAGCGGUCUGGCUGGGACCACGUGUUCAUCACGUCAGAUUUCGGCCCUCACCAAGCACCAGUCCGUGCUGAAGCACAGCAUGAAACGGAACCGCCUGGCUACGCGGGACGGAGAACUCAGCAUGGUGCGGUUGAAGGAUGUGGCCUCCACUGAGUACGUGGGUGUCUUGGGCGUGGGCAGCAACUGCUCCGCAGGUCGCUGUGUUCCUGCGGCGGAGCUCUAUGUGGUCUUUGACACAGGCAGUGCUGAUGUGUGGCUGGCUUCAGAUUUGUGCACCUCUGGGCCGUGCACCAUGGAAGGCCGUCAUCGCUUCAAUCGCAGCAGUUCCAGUACCUUUCGCCAAGAUCAGACACCCCAAGCGGUCACCACGGAAUACGCUACGGGUGCCUUGAGCGGCGUCAUGGGCACGGACGAGCUGUGGCUUGGCCCUGAGAUCUCAGCAGCACAGCAGUUCGGACUCAUCUCACAGGAGUACGGCUCGGCCUUUCUGACGAUGCCAUUGGAUGGCAUCGUGGGCUUGGGAUUUCAGGAUUUGGUGAACGUCAACGGCAAGGCACUGAUGGAGACCUUGGUGGAGAAGGUACUUGCGCACGUGGAGUUUGCCUUCUUUUUCUUCCAAGACAUUUCCAAAGGUGGUGCCUUGAUUUGGGGUGACGCGGAGCAACUGAAGCUCCACAAAGGGUCCAUCACCUGGUUUCCGGUGGCGCAGGAGAAGUAUUGGUCCGUGCCACUGCGUGGAUUCCGUUUGGGUCGCAACAGCACAGAGGAUUUGUUGCACCUGUUGUUGCCCUUCGAAAGACAUCCGGAGGAUGGUCCUGUGAUGGCAUCGGCUGAUGUUGAGCUCUAUCAGAAGGCGCAGUUGAUCUUGGACAGCGGCACCACCUUCUUUACGGCACCGCAGCGUUUGUUUAACAAGAUCACCACUGUCAUGGAGCCAACCAGCUGUCAUCACAUCCAUGUCUUUCCCGACUUAGUCUUCACGGUUGGAACGGACUUGAGGAAUUUCAGUGCAGUGCACGAGCUCGUGGUGCCUCCUGAGGUCUAUAUGGUGAGGGAUCCCUUUGAUCAUCACUGCGAACCGGGCUUCAUGAAUUUGGCCGCCCUACCACAGG